AUGAAACCUUCUGCCACCUAUGAGCUGUUAGUGGAUGGUGUUGGGCCAUGGGACUUCACUGGUGGUUUUGUUCCUUGUGAACUGCUACUUGUUGGAGAGGAUGCCUUCCCUGUGCUUGUGAGCUCUAAGAAGCAGGUUCUGAUCGCCGUUUCACAGUUUGGGAAGGGCCGGAUGGUGGUUGUUUCCCAUGAGGGAAUCUUGAAGGACUCCAAGUUUUCCCAGUUCCUCAGAAAUGCUGUGAGGUGGCUCAAACCCUCCCCUGAGGCCCUGGUUGGGGUCCAUCCUCAUUUGGAUUCCCUCUCCCAGCUGCUGCUCGGGGUUGGCACCAAAGUGCAGGCUGGGGCAGAGCUCAGCUCUUCCCUGGGGGUCUACUGCAUGGAUGCCUACAGCACACAAGCAAAAGACCUGGUUGGCUUUGUAAAGGCGGGUGGAGGGCUGCUCAUUGGAGGCCAAGCAUGGUACUGGGCCAGUCGACAUGGCAAGGAGAAGGUGCUGUUUGAAUUCCCUGGGAACCAGGUGACCAGCGUGGCUGGUGUGUACUUCACAGGAAAUGCUGUGGAGAAAGGCAUCUUCAAAGUCGCCAAGAAAAUUUCCAAGAUCCCCUUAACUGUCCCGCACCAUGCCAACCUCAACCUUGAUGCUGAGUUUCUCCUGAGUGGCGUGUCGGAGCUGGAUUUGGUGACAGGGGGCACACCCUCCAUCUUACUGGUGCAUGGUGAACUCUCCUUCCCACUCUGCCUGGACAGGUCGCACUGCUGCCUCUUAGCUGCGGCACGCUAUGGCCGAGGCCGUGUUGUGGUGGCAACCCACGAGAGCCACCUGUUCUCCCCAAAGCUGGCCAGAUUCCUGCUCAAUGCUGUCCGCUGGCUGGAUGCUGGGAGAAAGGGGCUGGUGGGUGUGGAUGCCAGCCUGAAGAAACUGUGUAGCCUCCUCUGUCGGGAAGAGGUGAAGGCACAAGUGUCGCAGCUGACAGGGGACAUCAGCGUCUACUGCUGCUCUUCUUACAGUGACAGAGAGGCGGAGAGGCUUCACGCUUUUGUGGCAGAGGGAGGUGGCUUGCUGGUUGGAGGCCAGGCCUGGUACUGGGCUUCCCAGAACCAUGGCAAAGCUGCUGUGGCAAAAUAUCCUGGCAACAAAAUCCUCAACCGCUUUGGGCUGAGCAUCCUGGGACAGAGCGUCCCGGCAGCUAAGCACCCGGCUGUGGGGUCUGGGGAGCACUACCACUUCCGAAAGGCCCUUGCUCUGUUCAGCAGACACGUAGACGAGCAUGAGGAGCUCAGGUCCCCCUUGAAGGACUGGCUGCAAAGGCUGUCACAAGACUGUGCUGCCUUUCUGCACAUCCCAGCCCUUGAUUGCCCUGCCUAUGCCUCACUCCACCGCGUCCUGACCAAGGUGCUUCAGAGAAAUGGGAUCCCACCGGUCAGCAGGCACUGCCCUGUCAAGAGCAACUCCAAAGAGGCAGUCCUCCUCUGCAUGGCGACCGAGCUGUCCCUCACCAUGACUGACAGUGGAGCCCUAGUGCAGAAAUCUGCUACUGAGGUCUGUGGCCUCCCCGUCACUGUGGAAAUCGAUGGCACAAACCCAGGUCAGACAGCCUGGAGGAGUACGGGACUCUACCUCCCUGAAGGGCACACAGCAGUUAUAACCUUCCCUUGCCUGGCAGUCGGUUCGGGUCUGAAGGUGCAGAUUGGCUGUCACACGGAUGACCUCUCUCACGCCGCAGAGCUGAAACGGGCCCCGGUGGUAAUACGCACCUGUGAUAUUGCCUGCCAGAAACAGACUAUUUCCUGCCUUUGGGGUGGCCUCAUUUACAUCGUUGUACCAGCAAGGAGUGUCCUGGGGAAAGUGCCCAUCUCAGUAGAAGGGGCAGUCAGAGCUCCUUUCUUCAAGCUUGGGGAGACAUGUGAAAGCCAGUGGAAGGCCUGUAUCCGGCACUACCCUGCUCCCUGGGCAGAACUCGCUGUUGAGAACCUCAUCCUGACGGUGCCAUCUGACAGCAUCCGCCACAUGGAGAACCCACGGCCGCUGCUGACCCUGUGGAAUGAGAUCAUGGUGGCAAUAAGCAAAUUGGCAGCCAUACCAACAAAAUUCCCAAGGCCAGAGAGGAUUGUAACAGAUGUCCAAAUCUCAUAUGGCUGGAUGCAUGCUGGCUACCCCAUCAUGGGCCAUGUAGAUUCACUGAAGGAGAUGUUAGAUAUAAAGCACAUGCAAACUACUGGUCUUUGGGGUCCUGUCCAUGAGCUGGGACACAAUCAACAGCAGCAAGCAUGGGAGUUUCCCCCGCAUACCACAGAGGCCACCUGCAACCUCUGGUCUGUCUAUGUUCAUGAGGAGGUGCUGGGGAUUCCCAGGCAUCAGGCCCAUCAGGCGCUUAAGUCACACUGUCGGAAGGAAAGGAUAAGACAGUAUCUGAAGAAAGGUGCUCAACUAAAGGACUGGGAGAUGUGGACUGCUCUGGAGACGUACCUGCAGUUGCAGGAAGGGUUUGGUUGGGACCCCUUCACUCACCUCUUCUCUGACUACCAGAAAAUGUCCACCAUCCCGAAAGACAAACCUUCUAAGAUGAACUUGUGGGCAAAGAAGUUUUCUCAGCAGGUGAACAAGAACCUGGCUCCUUUUUUUACUGCCUGGGGUUGGCCUAUCAAGAAAGAGCUGUCUGUGGAACUAUCCUCUUUACCCAACUGGGAACAGGACCCAAUGAGAUCCUAUAGACCAUGA